AUGGCAAAUUGGAGUGAGAUCCCUCGAGAGCUUGUAAGAAAAGUUGCAAGUGAGCAUGCGGAAACUAUGGAAGAUUUUGAAGAAAUUGGAAAAUUGACACACCGCAGAUUUUACAGCCUCUCAAAACACAUGUUUCAAAAAAUCAAUUUGCCCCAACAUGACGAUGACGAUGACGAUGACGAUGACCAUGUGAGGUAUUUCUCUUCAAAAGGUUGGCUUAUUUCUGUGAGUAUGAAAAACCGUAAUAUCACCCUUUUAGAUCCCGCCUCUGGCAAAGUAAUCAAGCUACCAACUGUUCCACUUAAUAUGCUACGGUGCGGCGGCGAUUGGUAUGAUGACAGUUACUUAGGCUACUUUUCCAAAUUUAUUCUAUCGGAAAGGCCGUCCUCUUGUGACGGCGAUUUUACGGUGGCAAUGAUGUUCGACGGGACCCAACAAUUGGUCUUUUGGAGACCCGGGGAACAAAAGUGGACUAAACCCGUCGUUGAUUUUGACAUUAAUUGGGUGUUGGAUACCUGUUUUUUUAAUGGAGAAUUUUAUGCCAUUGAUCAUUUAGGAAAGGUCAUGGCUUUCGGAAGUGAGAUCUCAAACCGCCAACCGCGAAUUGUUGUAGACUUAAUAGAUAAAGGUGUUCUAUUCGAACAAACUGAUGGCAAGUUUUACCUAGUCGAAGUGGAAAGCAAAUUAUUGGUGUUACAUAGGCAUCAUCUGUUACUUGAAGAUGAUGAGAUAAAUCCGGAGAACACAAAUGAGGUGUGUUGGACCAUAUGUUUUGAGGUUGUUGAGUUGAAUGUUGACGAUGGCAAAGUCAAAUCAGUUGAGGGUGUCGGCAAUCGAGCUAUUUUUAUAGGUCUAAACUCUACCUUUUCAGUUGAAGCAUCGUCGGGUAAACGUGGUUGUAAACCUAAUUGUAUUUAUUUUACCGAUGAUAAUUGUGAGCAUUAUCAUACGGAGAUUCUUGGAGGAGAAAGUGAUAUGGGAAUUUACAGCUUAGAUAAAGGAAAACUCAUUGAACGAUUUUACGAAGGUCCGUCACAAUUUUGUUUCACCACUCCACCUAUAUGGGUGGAACGACGUGGGAACAUCUAG